ACCCUGUGUUGAUCUCUUUUUUUGAAUAUUAAAAUGGAGUACCAUGGAAUCCUCUUAGGAAUGGGCAAUCCACUUCUUGAUAUUUCUGCAGUGGUCGAUCAAGCAUUCCUCGACAAAUAUGGUCUUAAAUCAAAUGAUGCUAUUAUGGCAGAGGACAAGCACUUGCCUAUGUAUGAUGAGAUGGCAUCAAACUAUAAAGUCGACUACAUAGCUGGAGGAGCCACCCAGAAUUCAAUCAGAGUUGCACAGUGGAUGCUUCAAAUUCCAGGUGCAACUACUUUCAUAGGAUCAAUUGGAAAGGACAAAUUUGGGGAGGAAAUGAAGAAAAAAGCAUUACAAUCUGGUGUUAAUGUUUGCUACUAUGAAGAUGAAUCUCCUACUGGUACUUGUGCUGUAUGUGUGAUGGGCCACGGACGGUCACUUGUUGCCAAUUUGUCAGCUGCAAAUUGCUAUAAAAUUGAUCAGUUGAGGAAAGCUGAAAAUUGGGCAUUAGUGGAAAGGGGCAAAUUCUACUAUAUUGCUGGAUUUUUUCUUACUGUUUCACCAGAGUCUAUAAUGCUUGUUGCUGAUCAUGCAGCUUCCAGAAAAAAGGUUUUCAUGAUGAACCUAUCUGCUCCAUUUAUCUGUGAGUUCUUCAAGGAUGUACAAGCGAAAGUAUUCCCGUACAUUGACUAUCUUUUCGGAAACGAGACAGAAGCAAGAACUCUCUCGAAAGUUCACAGAUGGGAGACUGAAAAUGUUGAAGAAAUAGCAUUGAAAAUUUGUGAGUGGCCUAAGGCAUUUGGGACACGAAAAAGAAUUACUGUUAUUACGCAAGGUGCUGAUCCGGUCGUCGUUGCAGAUGAUGGAAAGGUCAAGCUCUUCCCUGUGAUUCGUGUGCCGAAAGAAAAACUCAUUGACACCAAUGGUGCAGGGGAUGCUUUUGUUGGUGGAUUUUUAUCCCAACUGGUUCUAGGGAGACCAAUAGAGGAUUGUGUAAAAGCUGGUUGUUAUGCUGCUAAUGUCAUUAUUCAAAGAUCUGGCUGCACUUACCCAGUGAAACCUGAUUUCAAAUAACAACCAUUUUCCAUUUCUUGGAUUAAUUUUUAUGUUUAACAAACUGAUUCAGCGUUCAUGUUAUAAAAGUUACUAGUAUUUGUUGGUGUUUA